CGCACCCUCGUCGUUCACUCUGGUACUGACGACCUCGGCCGUGGUGGCCAUGAGGAUUCCAAGAAGACUGGAAACGCCGGUGCUCGCCCUGCCUGCGGUGUCAUUGGUAUUGCCGCAUAAAUUAACGACAGUCUGAUAGUCUGAUUGAAUGAAUUAAUAUCCCUAUCAUAGAGUAAUACAGUAUUACCAUGUCUAUUGUUACUUAUUGACAUGGCCAAAGCUCGGCCAGAAGCUCCCCACAAACUCCUCGGGACACUGUGUCGUGUCUUGCUCUCUCCGCACCUCCUUUCCAUCAAUCCCCUUUCUUCAAUUCUUUCUCUUUCUUUCUUUCUUCCAGUUGAGUUUCAAGGAAACACUUCCACUACUCUCCACCAUGCCUCUUGAAGCCCGCGUCAAGAACGUGCUGUCGGGAGACACCGUCGUCCUGUCGCAUGUCACCAACCGCUCCCAGGAACGCACACUGAGCUUGGCGUAUGUCUCUGCUCCCAGGUUACGGAGGGAGGGCGAUGAGGCCUUUGCCUUCCAUUCCCGCGAAUUCCUCCGCGAACUGCUCGUCGGCAAGGUCAUCCAGUUCCAGGUCCUGUACACCAUCCCCACGGGCGCUCGCCGGGACUACGGCGUGAUCACGCUGCCGGGCACGAACGCGUCGUUGCCCGAGAUCUCCGUGCAGGAAGGGUGGUCACGGGUGCGUGAGGAGGCAGGGAAACGCGCCGACGAGUCCGAGGAGACGGUUGCUCUGCUGGAGCGGCUGCGGGCGCUCGAAGCCCAUGCCCAAAGCGAGGGCAAGGGGAUCUGGGGCGCGGCGGAGGAGAGCGGCCGGGUCGAGACCGAGUAUGAGCUGGAGGACGCCAAGGCCCUGGUCGACCAGUACAGGGAUAGCAAGCUGACGGCGAUCGUGGAGCGGGUGCUCAACGGCGACCGUCUGGUCCUGCGGCUGCUCCUCUCGCCGCACGAGCAUCUGCAGACCGUUGUUACGCUGGCGGGCGUGCGCACGCCCGCCGCCAAGCGAGUCAGCGCCGCCGCCGCCGCCGCCGCCGCCGAGGGCAAGGAGCAGCCCGCCGAGCCGUACGGCGACGAGGCCCACGCCUUUGUCGAGUCGCGGCUGCUGCAGCGCAGGGUCCAAGUCUCCCUGCUGGGCGUCACGCCGCAGGGCCAGCUGAUCGCCACCGUGCUGCACCCGAACGGCAACAUCGCCCAGUUCCUGCUCGAGGCCGGUCUGGCCCGCUGCUUCGACCAUCACUCCGCCCUGCUCGGCGGCGACAUGGCUACCCUGCGUCACGCCGAGAAAUCCGCCAAGGACGGCCGCAAGGGCCUCUUCACGGGGCUCGUUGCAGCCUCAUCCAAGGGCGGCCCUGCCGGGGCGGACGCGGACUACCUGGUCUCCCGCGUGCUGAACGCGGACACGCUCUUCAUCCGCAACAAGGCCGGCCAGGAGCGGAAGAUCAGUCUCAGCAGCGUGCGGCAGCCCAAGCCGUCCGACCCCAAACAAGCGCCCUUUGCCGCCGAGGCCAAGGAGUUUGUGCGCAAGCGCCUGAUCGGCAAGCAUGUCAAGGUCACCGUGAACGGCAAGAAGCCCGCCAGCGAGGGAUACGAGGAGCGCGACGUGGCCACCGUCAUGCAGGCCAACACCAACAUCGCCCUGGCGCUCGUCGAGGCCGGCUACGCCUCGGUCAUCCGCCACCGCAUGGACGACGAUGACCGCUCCCCGGACUACGACGCGCUGAUGGUCGCCGAGGCCGACGCCCAGAAGGAGGCUCGCGGCAUGUGGUCGCCCAAGCCGCCCAAGACCAAACAGUACCAGGACUACUCCGAGAGCCUGCAGAAGGCCAAGAUGGAGGUCUCCAUCCUGCAGCGCCAGAAACGGGUGCCCGCCAUCGUGGACUUUGUCAAGUCCGGCGCGCGCUUCACCGUGCUGGUGCCCCGCGAGAACGCCAAGCUGACCCUCGUGCUGUCGGGCAUCCGCGCGCCCAAGUCGGCUCGCAACCCGGGCGAGCCCUCGGAGCCCUGUGGCCAGGAGGCCCACGACCUCGCCAACCGCCGAUGCCUGCAGCGCGACGUGGAGAUCGACGUCGAGACCAUCGACAAGGUCGGCGGCUUCAUCGGUACCCUCUAUGUCAACAAGGAGAACUUCACCAAGGUGCUCCUGGAGGAAGGGUUGGCGACCGUGCACGCCUACUCGGCCGAGCAGUCUGGCCAUGCCACCGAAUACUUUGCCGCCGAGCAGCGCGCCAAGGAGGCCCGCAAGGGUCUCUGGCACGACUGGGACCCCAGCAAGGAUGCCGAGGAGGAGGAGGAGGAAGUGCAAGCCGUGCCCGCCAACGGUCACGGAUCGGCCGAGUCUGAGGCUGCUGCUGCUGCUGCUGCUGCUGCUGCUCGUCGCAAGGACUACCGCGACGUGAUGGUCACCUAUAUCGAUCCGGUCUCUGCGCGCGUGAAGCUGCAGCAGGUCGGCUCCGGCACGUCGGCGCUGACGGAGAUGAUGAGCGCCUUCCGGUCCUUCCACCUCAACAAGGCCAACGAGACGCCGCUGGCGGGCCCGCCCAAGGCCGGCGACUUUGUCUCUGCCAAGUUCACCGAGGACAACGAGUGGUACCGCGCCCGGAUCCGCCGCAACGACCGCGAGAACCAGCAGGCAGAGGUGUUGUACAUUGAUUUCGGCAACUCGGAGGUGGUGCCGUGGUCUCGCCUCCGUCCGCUGGGCCCCCAGUUCUCGGCGCAGACCCUCAAACCCCAGGCCGUCGAGGCCGUCCUCUCCUUCCUCCAGUUCCCCGUGGCCGCGGACUACCUGGCCGACGCGGUGGGCUUCAUCGGCGAGCAGACCUUUGACCGCCAGCUAGUCGCCAAUGUCGACUACGUCUCGCCAGAGGGCACCCUGCACGUCACGCUGCUGGACCCCUCGGUCUCCAAGAACCUGAACCACAGCAUCAACGCCGAGAUUGUCCGCGAGGGUCUCGCCAUGGUGCCGCGCAAGCUCAAGGCCUGGGAGCGCGCCGCGGCCGACACCCUCGCCCAUCUCCGUGACCAGGAAGACGAGGCCAAGCAGGAGAGACGGGGGAUGUGGGAGUAUGGCGAUCUCACCGAGGAUUAA